AUCCAAGUGUGAGAAGGUCUGAUAGCGAUGAUAGCAGUUCUGAUGAAGAAACAACAACUUUUAGCAGUGAAUGUAUGGAUGUAGAUUACUUAAGUUCUAGUAGUAAUAGUAUUAGGGGUGACUUAAACAGCGAAACUGACAGUGAUGAUGAUGGUAAUACUAUUAAAAACUCUAGAAGAGCAUUAAGUUUUGCAAUAUGCAUAAACUUUAAUAUUGUAUUGAAUGGUAAUGAUGAUUAUAUUGUUGAAUAA